AGCACAUGUUCUCAUUAAACCCCCCACUUGAUGCUUCAUACCCUUCCUCUUUCGUUUCAUUCUCUUAAACCAUACCUCCUUGCCUUCAUCUCAUCAGCUGUUUACAAAUACAGAGAGAAGAUAAGAACCGAAUGUUUUGGUGAGACAAUCCGACGAGAUGAAGAUUCAGUGCAACGUAUGUGAGAUGGCGGAGGCGACGGUGCUUUGUUGCGCCGACGAGGCGGCUCUAUGUUGGAGUUGCGAUGAGAAGAUUCACGCUGCCAAUAAGCUUGCCAGUAAGCAUCAGAGGGUUCUUCUUUCAAAUUCUAAUUCUCAGAUGCCUAAGUGUGAUAUCUGCCAGGAAACAGUUGGUUACUUCUUUUGUCUGGAAGAUAGGGCUUUACUAUGCAGAAAAUGUGAUGUUGCAAUACAUACAGUCAACACUUUUGUUUCAUCACACCAGAGGUUUCUGCUUACUGGAGUGAAAGUAGGACAAGAAGCUACAGAACAUGGUGCACCAUUGACUUCCAGGAAGUCAACCAUCACCAAAACUACUCUCCCUUUGUCUCCAACUGACGAAUACAACAAUCUGCCUCCAGUCCAAACUGCUGAAACUGACUAUUUUACCCCUACUCCUAGUUUGCCUCCUGUUGUAGGUUCUUCACCUGAUGGUUUUCAAGAAUGGCAGCUUGAUGAUUAUCUUAGGGUUCUUACUGAUAUUAACUGCAUCGAUAAUGUCCCCUCCAAGGUUAAUGAUGGGAACUGUUCACCAAUUCUAAAACGAAUGGAGGCAGAAUUAGAUGAAGGUUUAGGUCAGGUGCCCGAUGCAUCUUGGGCAGUUCCACAAAUGUGGCCCAAAAAUAACGAUCAUCAUCAUCAUCAUCAUCCCCACCAUGUGCCAGAUGUAUGCUACACACAUGUGCCAGAUGUAAAUCUAUAUCGUUCCUAUUAAAAAGUACAAGUAAGCCUAAAAAGGAGGAGACAUUUAUAAUAAGUCGUCCUUUUCUUGUGGUCCUUUGGUAUUUGUACCAUUUGGUGCAUUUUUGAAAGGACAGUGUUUUGUUUUCGUAAUACAGGAAUGAUAGUGUUAACUGUUAGUUGUUAGCUUUAAGUUCACGUUGUUCUGUGUGAUGUUUGUAGUCUAUAGAAUUUGUUACAAAAAUGAAAAGUGUAUGAGUGGUGUACUGAGUGCCUCUGCUUUUUGCAAUAUGUUCCUGAAGUUAUCACUUGUAGAGCAUGAAGAUAAAUGUACACUUGCUUUAAGGUUAAAGAGAUGAUAUUGUAUUGUUA